AUGUUUCUUGAGCAGGAGGAGAUUCUACAGCAAUUUCAGAACAUCUCCAAUUGCCAAAUCCCUGUGUCCGAACAGAUUGUAUUGCUAGAGUCUGUGAACUGGAAUUUAGAGCUUGCAUUGAUCCAGUACUGGCAGUUGUAUCCAAGAAGGGCGAACUUUGAGAGACGAGACGUGAGCAUGGCAACGGAGAAUUCAUCCAAUAGCGCACCCAAUCAGCGACGCUGGUUUUCCUCGUUCUUCCAGAAUCCGGAGCAGACAUAUGUGCCUCUGGUGCCAGGGUCUUUCCCGAUCAUGGAAGAACGACAGCCCUCAAAGCUCCACAGAAUGGCCAAUACCGCUUUCAAAUGGCUGCUAGACCAGCUAGUGUUAUUUGUUGUUGUGCCGUUGUACGUUUUACUUCGCAUAGUGGGGCUCGCAUUGCUUGUCGUGAUUGGCGGUAUCGUUCCGAUCAUCAUGAAGCUGCAUCCGAAUAGGUACCAUGUCAUUCGCAAGAACGCCGAUCCCGCUGAUAUGGCUCGCCGAUUUAUUGUCAGCUUUGACGAUAUGAUCGGGAACGUGUCUCGCGGAGACGCAGAUGAGGAAGAAACUGAGGACUUGAUCAACCAGGCUGACACGAUGGAAAUCCAGCGCCCCGAUUUCCUUGAAUGUUCGUAUUCGCACGCAUUGCAUUUCACUAAAAAAGAUGCCAGAUGGCUCCUACUGUAUAUUCACAGCGAGAGUCACCAAGAUACUAAGAACUUCAUUCAGGACGUGCUGACAAAUCCUGAUUUUCUCCGAUUCAUUCGUGAGAAGCAAAUACUUAUAUGGGGCGGAGACAUAAAAGACAGUGAAGCAUAUCAAGUGGCCAAUCAAUUCAAAGUGACUCGACUUCCCUUCCUAGGAAUGUUGUGUCUUACGGUCAACGAGACGCCAACAGCCUCAGGAGUGCAACAGUCGGAUCCGAUUCUGUCUAUGGUUUGCAAGAUUCAAGGAUAUAUGCCUUGUGCUCAAGUGCUUGCCAAGUUGCAGAAGAUUUACAACAAAUUCAAUCCCAAGCUGGAGGGCAUCCGUGCAGAUAUACAGCGUCUCCAUAACGAUCGCCAGACACGUCAACUGCAGGAUCAGGCUUACGAGAACUCGCUUAGAAGAGAUAGAAUGCGCAGGAUGGAAGAGGCCCUUUUACAAAGAGAACGGCAGGAGCAGGCACGAGCUGUCACUUUGAAGGAGAAGUGGUUGAAAUGGAGAAAGUCUACGUUGUUGCCAGAUCCAGAGCCCGCAAAUGCCGCACGAAUCGCUAUCCGUCUGCCGGACGGGAAAAGAAUUCGGCACAAUUUCGACAAAAACGCUAAACUUGAGGAAAUCUAUGCUUUCGUCGAAUGCAUCCAUUUGAACAACGUGGAGAUUUCCGAUUCUGACACUCUCGAAAGGCCUAUUGGCUACGAUCACCAGUAUAAUUUUGAUAUCUAUACAGUGUAUCCACGAGAGAAAGUUGUCGUGGACGACGAGUUGAGUAUCGCCGAAUCCGGGCAGGUGUAUCCUGAUGGAAACUUGGUUGUCGAGCUAAAUAGUGAAAAUUAA